AUGCCUGGAAAAGUGAAUCUCCCAGAACUUGGCUCUGGGACCCUCCACCAUACCAAGAACAAGGCUAGGACGGCGGUCGACAUCCAUCAGCAGUACUGGAACCAAACUGUUGGGUCAACGUUAAAGAGAUUCCUGGCCAGUUCCGGGUAUGACUCCAAAAGUCAAUCCCGCAUCCUCGACCAGUUCUCAAACCUUGUCGCCCCAUCUCUCGGGUCGUCACCCGUGCGGGGAGAGCCAAUAUGGAAGAGCUUCAUGACAGACAACAACUGCCCAGUGGAACUUAGCUGGGACUUCCAUAUCGGUAAUAGCCAGCCAACAAUACGAUACUCUAUCGAACCCAUCAGUCUUGAGGCAGGAACAGCUGCAGAUUUACACAAUGACCGAUCUGCUCCAGACUUCAAAAAUCGAGUAAUCGGAGAAUUCCCUGAUGCUGAUACGACCUUGUUCAAUCACUUUUACAACUACUUCAAUGGGCGAUGGGGCGGCGACAGGCCAGAGGGCCACCGUAGCACUCUGUUCUGGGCAUUUGACUUGAAAGAAUUUAUCAUUACGAACAAGGCAUAUUUCUUCCCAGGUCUUGUUGCUCACGCAAAGGGCAAGUCAACACUUGAAGUCGUAGCGGAAGCCAUCACUACUGCCCCGGGUUGUCGACCAGAGAACAUCAGCUCCUUCGCUAGCUUUGCUAAAUUCGUUCAUGAGCGUCAGCACUUGGGCCUUGAAAUGGACAUGUUGGCAUUGGACUUGGUUCCCGUCGAAAAGUCAAGACUGAAAAUCUACUUUAGAGACAGGCGAACAGACUUUCGAUCAGUCAAAGAGAUGAUGUCACUGGGAGGCAGGAUACAUGACGAAGAUUUUGAUGUUGGGAUGAGAAAUUUGAGGAAUCUCUGGGACGCGUUACUAGGAACGAGUGAAGUGUCUCAUGAUGUUCCCCUACCGCAUAACAACCAUCGCACAGCUGGAAUUCUCUACAAUGUGGAGUUCCGCACGAACAGCACGGCACCAAAGGUCAAGAUCUACAUACCUGUCCGGCACUAUGCGAAGAAUGACUCGCAGAUCCUUGACGCCUUGGGAGACUUUUUGGCAGAUCAGACAAGCAAGCUGCCUGAUGUUGCGAUCGAUUCGGUUUGGGCGAAUCGAUAUGCAGAUUGCUUGGACAGUAUUUUCGGAGCGGAGGUUCUGUCGAGUGGUUUAGGCGUUCACACAUACAUCGGAUGUUCAAUACAAAGCAAAGGCGAUCUUCGUGUUGUUGCUUAUGUUAACCCUCAGCAGUGA